CUUAACUUUUUUUUCCCUUCUUUUAUACUUAUUAAUCUUUACCUAAUUCUUAUUAAAAGUAAGCUACACUUUAUAAUCCAUAUCCUGUUUCAUUUAAUAUAACCAUUCAAGAUCAUGGACCCUCAAGGACAAUUCAAUGGAGCUAUUGUAUCUGCAGCACCUGUGUGGACAGUAGUCGUCAUUUCCAUACUUGCCAUUAUGUUGAUUAUAUUCAUCACUAUUUUCGUUCGACGAUUCAUCAGAAGGGGCCGUAUGUCAGAGAGAAACUUUAAUAAAAAGCCAUCUGUAGAAUCAUUGGAGACACUGGUGACAGCACAUCAGCAAAAGCAGAAGUCAAAGCAGUUGGCAAAAACCGAUACUCAUGAUACCGAGAAACCGACCAGAUCAUCACCUAUGCAAAUAACAAACUCCGCCACUCUAGCAAGACCAGAGCCACAAGAAGAAGAACUGGAAGACGGCCCUCCUGAACCACUUCAGGAGAUUAAGAUCUCGUUGCCACUCCCUCCCCCUUCCACCUCGUUCUUUGCAGACAAAAUGGAGCUUGAUGGCUCUAACUGUGAUCUGUAUGAUUUGUACGUUCACGGUAAGACAGAUGGCAUGAAACGUCAGAGCAUGCACAGUGCCUUCAUAUCGAUCGACCUAGACUCGCUCUCUAAUGCGGCUUCAAACAUUCAACGAAAGGCAUCCACUAUCAGAAAGUCACUUUAUCAAUCCAUUCGAAAGCCAGCUAGUACCAAUGGUAUAAAAUCAGUGCCUGCUCAAAAAAUGUUUACGGAAGGAACAAAAGAAUAUUCACGUCAGUCUAUCGUCGCAUUCAACAAUGAAAGAACGCAAAUAGAGAUGCCCAAGGCCAGCAAGAGCCCACAGACAGAGGACGCCCAACAGGAUGAAGAGCCGACAGCUGCAGCAAAGCGAAUCAUACGUAGUGCUUCAAAAAAGGCCAAAUCCCGUUCUAUGGUCAUACAUCCUGAUUUACCUGAUGCUGUAGCAACUCCUCCCAAGCAAGAUGCGUCUAAAUAUGCAACCGUUCGGUCCCUUCGCUCUCCUGACGCUAAUGAGCAUGUGACGAUCAGCUCAGGAUCAAUAAGGCGUUUUAUGCGCCAAAAUAGUUUAUUCCAAGGUGAGGACCUUCCACAUGAAUCUGAUCCCUUACCUGGCACCCUUAGCAAAAACGAUCGGAAGCCAGUGGCUAAUGCCCUCGAUAUCUCAAACUGGUGGGAAGGUGGUGAGAGCAGCAAUGGGGUUCCUGAAAUUCGUACGAAUGGCAUGAAGAAUUCUGAAUCAUCGUUAUCCGUCAGUCAGUAUAGAGCCUCUCUUAACGAUUCAGUGUUUGCUCUUAACGGUACUGUAUCGAAAGGCACAAGUGCUCUCUUCGUGCCAGAGCCUGACAAAAGCAAAUCAGACGGAGCUGUCUCACGUAACAACUCUGCAAAACGCGGUACUCUUGGUAGAAACACAUUAAAGACACUGACGGUAAACGCUACACAAGGUGUCAAUAAAUCAAUCAGAGGCUUGUUUGAUCAAUCUUCAUCCUUGACCAAUAUCAACAAAGUAUCACCUUGUGAUAGUCAAAAAAUGGAGAUCGAUGUUGAACAUGGUUUGUCACAACAGCCAGUCGCACCUGUUGAACGUCAGAAUAGUAGAAGAAAGAGUUAUUCACACAGGCUUGUCCCUGAGUCACCCUCGAAAUCACGUCUGACCAACACAAGGCAUAGCGUAGAUGAAUCAUCGCAAAAGGUAGAAGCAGACGAUAUUGUCUUGAAGCAGUCCAGAUCGUUUUCAUCAAAGCAAGGAGUAGAGCCUGCAGCACAGGGGGUGACGUACCAUAAAGAAACGAUUCAUUCAACACAAAUGAACAAUACAGAUCAUGAGGCAGAUGUGGCUUAUAUGCAACAAUUAGGAGCAAGCAAGUUCGUCUCUCCUCGGCAAACGCUUUUGACAAAGUCAUUAUUGGCACAGCAAGCAAAGCGGUCAUCAUCUACCAGUCGUCCACAAGAUGAACCACUCCAGGCACCUGACCCUGUCGUAUCUUUCUCGUCUUCUACUGUCCGCACGGUCAUUCCGGACGAUGAGAUGGAUCAAAUCCAGAUACGUCAAAAUCCAAUGAAUCAACAACAGCGUCUCUCGAUAGGUAUGAACGGCAGUAACAAGGUGUUGGCUUCUUCCUUUGGUGAUGAAUCAUCUUUCCUUGCUGAUCGCUUUUCUUCAAUGAAUACAGAACAAAGUCGUGAUCACAGCAGACAAAGCAGUGGAGGCACGAGCGUGACAACAGCUGUCAGGAUUAGCGGCGGGUAUCCCUCGUCUACAUGGAACGGAAGAGCACAAAAGAAUGGAGCGUCACGACUCUCUGUCAUCCAGACUAUGGACACAGAAAAGGAAUCUGACAUCGUGGAAGAUAAAAGAGGAUUCUUUAGUACGAUGAGAAAAGAUAAAAAGAAUCGCGGGGUGAUUCCAUGGAUGGCAAGUGAAAAGAUGAUGACACCAGCUGAAAUGGAACGCGACAGAUAUUUGAAUGGAGGCAGAUAAUUUAUCCUUUAUUAUUUUUAUUAAAUAAAUGUAGCAAUCAAUUAACAUAUAUCUUACGCUUAUUACCUUUCUUUUCGAUAAGAAUUACCAUCAUUGAUUCAUCUGCCUAUUGCAAGCAAAUAUAUAUAAUGGAAGGAUAUUAUUAUUUCAUGAUUUAUCUUAUGGUCCU